UCAUGACACUGUGCCCCCUCCAUGUUUGGAGUAGAAGUUUGUGUUGCUUCGACAAACUUCAGGCACCAUACUGUAGAUGCGCGGAACACUGCAGACUGUUAGCUCUUUUUCUGCCCCCUAUUUUCCGAUGGUAUCAACUUUACAUUAUAUUACCUUUCGUACAAGUUAUUUUUUUCGCUAGAAAUAAUAACGAUAAGUUAUAAAUCCCGACCAAGGCUCGCUCGCCUUAAUUUUAUGCUCCGUUCACGGACCUUCAGUUACAUCUUGGUUCCGCGGGCCAACCGUCGCUUCUAUGUUUUAUUUCAGUUUUGUUUCCGGUAGUUAAUACAUGGAGACCGUCUGUUCCGUCGAUUGCCUCGCAUGUUCGCAUCCUACGUCGGUCGGUUUCGUAUGAAUCGUUGCGAGACAGCGACGUAGGGUCGGAGGCUCCGCGAGCGGAGCCAGACUUUAUGAUGGGGAUGCCCAGGGGAGGACGUCUGUUCCUGGCGACGUGCCUCUGCUCGUUCUUCGUUCUUGUUCUUUACUUCCAGAGCAUCACUAAACCAGAACCGGCCUUGAAGACUGGCAGCAGACCUGGGAAGAGUAGAAGAAGUCCUUUGCAGACCCUUUACAAAGGAGACCAGAAGCAGCUGAAGCUGUCGGCAGCUCAGAAGUCCCUCCAAGGCCGCAGGAAGGUGCUGGAGCAGGCAUGUCUGAGCCACACGAAGAAGCGCCGGGUGCUUUCGCCAGAGGAUCUCAAACACCUCAUUGUGGACGACAAACACGGCCUUAUUUACUGCUAUGUACCCAAGGUAGCCUGCACCAACUGGAAGCGUGUGCUGAUGGUCCUCUCCAGCAACGGCCGUUACUCUGACCCCCUCGCCAUCCCUGCUAAUGAGGCCCAUGUGGCAGGUAACCUCCGCACGCUCUCUGACUUCUCUGUGACGGAGAUAAACCAGCGCCUCCGCAGCUACCUCAAGUUCAUUUUUGUACGGGAGCCCUUCGAGCGCCUCGUUUCAGCCUACCGCAACAAGUUCACACGUAGCUACAACACCGCCUUCCACAAGCGCUACGGAACCAAGAUCAUCCGCCGGCACCGGGCCAACCCUCAACCGGAAGCCCUGGAGAAAGGAAACAACGUCUCUUUCCGAGAGUUCAUCCAGUAUCUGGUGGACCCCCGGACACAGCGGGAGGAGCCUUUCAACGAGCACUGGGAGCGGGUGCACUCCCUCUGCCACCCCUGUCUGAUCCAUUACGACGUGGUGGGGAAGUAUGAAACUCUGGAGCCCGACGCUCACGCCGUGCUAAGGCUAGCGGGGGUGGAGGGUAAAGUUCAGUUCCCAACGUCUAGCAAGAGCACCAGGACCGACGGCAACAUGGCAGCGCGCUUCUUUAAGCACAUCAGCCCCUUUUAUCAGAAGAAACUGUUCAAUCUCUACCGCAUGGACUUCUUACUCUUUAACUACACCACACCGGAGUAUCUGAGGACUCGAUGACUAACAGAGACAAGAGGAUCCCACGUUCCAUCCACGCUUUAGAGUGAUGAUUAGUUUGCACGUUCCAGUUUCUGUUGAAACGACUGAUUCCUACAGAGCCCCUAAAGGGACAUAGAGGAAAUAAAGAAACAUUCUCAUGUGCACAAGAUACUUUAUCUUUAUUUCUUCUAUGUCCCUUUAAGGGCUCCGUAAAUUCCAACCUGUUGGGGGAAACAAACUCCAAUCUCUCAGACAGACAGUUUCCAGUUAGAUGUAGGUGAAUCACGAACUCUUACAAAGAGCUCGUGAUUUUUUUGUGACCGUUUGAUUUGACUCCAGUUGUCGUUGAGCCGGUGAAAUGUGUCACACCAGCGUUUCUACUGUGCCCACUACAGUGAUAAUCCUCUUGUAGCUUUCCUCUUUAAGGAGAAUCAAUGAGCCAUAAAUGAAAGCCGGUGUUUUCCAGAGGAGCCGGUUCUCCUCUUUCGCUGGCAAUUGAGCUGAGUGUGAAGUUUUCCUCGGAUUGUUUCCGAGCCGUUACGGAAAGCCUUAAUUUAUGUACGUAUGUCAGCACAGAGUAUUUAUUGUCGUGUGAAGCGAGGUGUGAAAAUAAUUUAAAUGAAAGAACAAGAGGGUUUUUUAUUUUCUCUUUUUCUCUUUUUUUUUUUUUUUACCAAAUGUUAGAGAUCAGAUUAAGAAAGUGUUUUGGGCAUCUGGUAGUCUUCUUCAGUUCAGUGAAACUCUCUACCCAGCAUCUUUCCCUGCCCGUAUUUAGCUCUGGGACUCUGGGGCUGAACAAACAAGCGCAUAGCUGUGGUCACGGCGGGGUCCGGCCCAGCGCUCCCCCGGUCAGAGCCGCCCUUGUUAGAGGCAGCAUCGGCAGACGAAGGGUUAAAUCCACCUACAGCCCUCUGCACUGCAGCGCCUUGUUUCAGCAAAAACGCCUUGGAAUUUCUGGAGGAAUAAUUUGGAGCUUACUAUAGGAAAACAGCUUCUUAAUGGGCUUUAGUGUCUCCUGCACCCAAAAGAGGAAACUUUGACACACUUUGUGGCUUUUUCUGGGUCUAUAGGUUGGAUUUUACUGCACAUUAAAAAAGAAAUGAGUAAGUGUUUAACAAGUACAGUCAUCUGUCAUUGAGUUGCAUUGUGGGCCGUGCAGGCCCAAAGAAUAUGGAUAUUUUUGUUCUUUCUUACUUCAGCUGCUGGAUCUCAACUUUAACUUUAAGAAAAGUGUUAUUUUUGUAUAAUUUCUUUUGAAAAACAAUUAAAGAACUGAAAGGUCUAGUGUGUAGGAUGACACCCUGUCUGUUCACAAGUGCAGGAAGUUAAAAAUCUUAAAACAUUUCAGAGUAAGUGUGAGAUCAGUGUUGCUAUCGGUGUUGCUAUCGGUGUUGAUCUGUUGCUGCUGUUAGAACCAGUUCCUGACAGAGAACCACUUUCAUGCAACACCCCUUAACACUGCUGGUAACUUUCUGUAGACAGUCCCUCCAGGAUUUUAUUUAAUUUUUUUCCGGUCAGUUAUUAAUUUUGUGGUUCUAUUGAAGAAAUAUUUGCAAAUUUCUUCCAAAAUCUAAAUAUAGAAGAAAAAAAAAAGGUUUUUCUUUGGAUAACAUAAAUAGCUUGAUUGUUGAAUUCCCCACAUUGAUCACGGUAUGACUUCAGUAAGGCUGUGGCAGCAGUGUAGUAGAAGUAAGAAAUACUGCCACCUGCAGGUGGGAGUUAGCAUCACUUAAACCCAAUGUUUUUGACCAGUUUUACAAAAAAAAAAUUGCAACAAACUCACAAUUUACACAUUGGUGUCAUUAACAGCCAAUCACAUUUAACUUGGUUAAAAAAAAACAACAACAAAACAUAUUAGAUAUUUGGCCCAGAAAAAUCCCCUGCUAGUCAUUUUACUGUUACUGGGACUUUGUGGAGGGAGAGUGCCAGGCAUUUGAAUAUGACUGAAAUAAUCUGUUCACGGUGGUUAUUUUAUGGUAACUUUGACUGUAAUUGAUUUUGAACCAAUGACAAAUGCAGAGAAGGAGUAAAUCAUCCAGUUAAAGUAAAUAUUUUAAAGUUUCAUCUGUGGUCUAUGCUUCUUUGGAACACAUCUCUCAGGGUUUCAUUAUUUAAUAUUGAAUGUUCCUCUCAUUUUGUAGUGAUCGUAAUUCAGUUUCACAGUAUUAACACUGACGAUACCUAAAGUUUACAGCUAGAACACCUGCUAUUAAUUCCAUUCUCUUCUAUUAAUGAAGAGACGCCUCAAAACUGAGAGAGCCGAGAAGUCUGCGUUGGUGAUUCUCUUUCUAAUUUGUCACAGAUUUGUUGACGGCAGAAUCAUCUUAUUGCUGAGGAUUCCAACUUUUUCUUUUAUAAAAGGAACAAGUCUGCCCCAAUGUCAUCCAAUGACAGAACAAGGCUUCAGUCUCCCCUGUUGGGCUGGGAGAUGUUACCUGCUGACAAACUGACUGGCCAGCAGAAAUGAAGGUUCUGAAGAAAAAGCUUCUUAAUGACCUAAAUAUUUCAUUAUGUAUUGAGCCAACUUCUGUAUUUGCUUUCUGCAGGAAACAUUAAAGAACCAGUUUAAUUUUAAUGCUCCAGAUUAACUGUUGUGGAAGUUCAGUCCUAAAGUUCCUCAGAGGUAAAGAGGUUAUAAAAUUAAUCAUUCAGAAAAUAGGUUGGCCUACACUUCUGUUAGAGUCACUUCAAAGAUGUGGCAUGCAAACUUUCAUUGGUGCAGAUAGAGUGUCUGCGUAGUGUAACGAGAGUAUUUGAUUGACAUUUGAAUUUCAGGUCUGAUGUUUUCCUGACUUGUGAUCACAAGCCUUUUGAUGUUUAAAAAAGUUUAAGCUAUCCUGGAUUGACCAGUCUGAUCAGGACAAAAUAAUUUUAAAAAAGACUUUCGAAACCAAAACCAAACUUAACUCUCACCACCAGAUAUGCUUUAUUAAAUUUAACAAUGAAAAUACAAUUUUCUACUUUCUGGCUUUCACUACCCGCUUAAGCUUAUACAGGUGAUCGUGGCAAAGCAGCUCACAUAAAAGACAGUCGUUUUUAUUAAAAUAAAACAAUUUACAUGUAAGACAUGAGACAGCACUGGAAGCUGAGGUGAAUACAUUUAGAAAGGCCUUCUCAUAAUAAUGUGGCAGUGUCAACAUUUAAAUUCAGUACAAAGUUUUGCCUACAGAAAGCAGAAAACUGUUGCGACAUUUCAAACACUUAACAAAAGUAGAUUUAAGUAACAAUACAGUCGACAUUCAUUUUGAUUUCAAGGCAACUUGAUGCUACAGAUGAGCAGAGACGCACCAGUCAGGUUUUUACUGGCCUAUACUGGUUUUCAGCUCCUGAUCUGGGCCACCUCCUGUUUUCUUUGUAACCACUUUAGCAUAUAGUUAUGCAUGUAAAACUUUUUUUUAAUAAUGAACGAGUACAUGUGUCACUUAUUUGUUACAGCCAGUAGCUUUGAAUCCAGAAGAAAAUGAAGGGAAUUGAUCUUUGUCUGUUUUUUAAAAUUUAAAAAAAAUAAUCUCUGUUUUUUUUGUUUACACAACAUAAACUACUGACUAGAGACAAUCAGGGGGAAAAAUGGCAAUUUUCAAUCACUGGCUGUGACUGACUGGUGCAUCACUGCUCAUAAAACAAGUUUGUGUGCAAGUUCAAUAUCACACAAUCAUACUCUAAGUCAGAGCUGGAUGAUAAACCAUAUGUAAAAAUGUAAAAAUCCAAGAAUAAAAUGUAAAAGAAACUAUUACAAUAAAUAACACAGAACAUGCAGUUGGCAGCAAGUUAAAUAUUUCCCCUGAAUUUUCUCAUAUUUUCUGCAGAUUCCUUCAGCCAUUCCCAAGUCCUGUGUUUGGUUGAUGUCAAAACUGGAAAUUUGUUCUUUGUUUUUUCUUCCAUUUCCCAAAUAUGGAGAAGAACUGUAUGGACUACUUUUUUAUAUCACAUAUAAUCCUGGUAAAAGUUCAGAACACAAGCAUUUUAGAGGUACAAAAAAAAAAAAAAACUUUGUGAAAUCUCAUCUGAUUCAACAACUAACAGAACAAUCCAGAACUCUCCAGAUUUGGUAUUCUGAUUAUAAACUUCAGGUUUGAAUCAUCCAGCCCUGUUUAUAAAGACGUGUUUAUGCUGGUACAACAUAGCAGUGAUCUAUUUCUCCCAGAAUAAGAGUGAGGAUAAGAGUAAGGUUAGGUGAAACACAAACGCCGUACUGCUGCAGAUUAUUAAACAGUAGCUGUGUUUCCAUUGCAAAUGUGCGUAAAACUUUGUCAAAAAACAAAUUUUUGCCAUUUCAAGGUGCUCCACACAGGUGGAAGGUCUGCGAUGUCGAAUUUCUGCAGUUUUUAAUGCCUCAUGUAAAACAAGUUAUCUAAAAAUAUACCGCUGACACAUUUCCUACCUAGAUAAGUAAUUUUUAAUCUUGAACAGUAGUUUCAAAAUCAGAGCUAUAUCAAACAUAGAAAAAUGUUUUUUUUUUUUUUACUUUUCAUGUAUCAAACAUACCUAAAAAAAGCAAACAAACAAACAAAAAAAAAUGGAGAAUUUUCCUUCCAGUUAGAGCCGGGCGAUCUGACUAAGAAACAUUUUUGUUUUCAUACCAAAUUCCUGAUUUUAAUUGAUAAUCACCUCCACCCCCCCAACUUAUUUUCUCAAGAAAAAAUUAUAAAUGACAAAAAAUAUUUGUGAAAACUGGCUUUAGUAUCAGUCAUCCGUUCUGUGAAUUUGACCUGAAUUGACGUUCCAAAUCAUUAGAAGCUCACAUGACUGAACUACGGAAACCCCAGGAGUUCAAUUAAAUACUCAAAAACUAAUACAUUCGAUUAACCGCUAAGUCUGAGUUAUCGCUCAGCCCUAGUUCCAGUCUAACUCAGCCCUGGUUGUGGAUCAUCUGGUGGACAACAGCAGGGCGAUGGGACGGAAACAGAGGAGUCCUGAAUCUGACCUGAGAUCUACAAAAAUAAUUCAGUGUGAAACUUGUGCAAAUACUGUAAUGUAUAGUGGAGUGAGAAAGUUGUUGCUCCCUUACAGAUUUCUUCUGUUUUUAAUUUGUUUUUGUCACAAACAAUUGUUUAAGAUCAAACAAAUAUUAAUGUAAGUAGAUAUAAAAUGCAGUUUUUAAAUGAUUGUUUCAUUUACUAAGAAAAAAAAAAACCCAAUCCAAACCAACUUGGCCCUCUGUCAAAAUAGAAUCACAUCUCUUGUAAAAUAAGGAAUUUAUUCACUUUGCCUGGGCAAUUAAGAAAUCAAUUUCUGACAACAUAAAAAUAGAAAAAUCAGAAACCUGUAAAGGUUUAAAUACUUUUACACAGCACUGUCCAGUAAGAACUGGCUUAGAUUUCUUCUGUAAGCGUCUUUAAAAAAGAGUGUAUGUAAAGAAAUAAGAUUUUAAUGGUUCUGAGAACUGAACUACACUCAAACAAAAGCUGAAAACAUCUUAGUGUUUUUAUAGGAAUUAAACCACAGCAGAAAAAACUCAAAAACGUUGUACAGAUGGUGACAUAGGUGGACUCAUUCUCAGUGUUUUAAUGGAAAAGUUUAGAUUGACAUGGAACAGAGAACAAUGAGAGAAUAAACAGAAACAAAACCAGUUGCAGGCCGUUGUUGUCUGUCAAAGCUCUGAUGGUAGCUACACUUUGAUGGGAAAAGGCUAAACUAUUAAUAAAAACCUGUUCUGAAUCCUCAAACCUUCCAUUUGUGACUUCAAAAUAAACCUUUGAAAUAGAAGCAUGGCUUGUUUGGAACAAGGAGAAACUACAAAAACAUGACUUCCUGCUGAUUAAGGAUGAAUUCAAACCAGUUCUUUUUAGUCCACGUUAAUCGAACUGGUUGGCCUAGAAUGUCCGGUUCGUUUGAACUGGAUUUCUGGAGAAGUACAGUGAAAUGAGCUUGAAUUAUCUUGUUUAGUAAUUUUACAUCCAAUCAGAUUCUUUUCCACUUUUUGGUGCCUCCAAGGAGAUGUUCAGAGGAGUGGUGAACGCUGCCUGCUUUGUUUAGCUGACAGCAAAACAUGGAUUUUUUUUUUUGGGAAGCUCCAGCUUCUGCUUUCAGAGGAAGUUCACUAACAUGUGAGGCCAAAUAUCUUUCCCCACUCAAAGUUUCACUGGAACUUGUUAAUAAAAUAAAUCUGCCAAAGAGAACAGAAACUAGAGCAGCUGUACAUACAAAGAAAUCCCUGCUUUCAUCAGAUAAAGAUAAAGUGGUUGAUUUGACUUUUAGUGUGUCCUGUUAAAGAGAAUAAACUUUUCAUUUCAUGUGACUGAGAAAAGUCACAUGAAAUGACUUUUCUUUAACAUGAGCUUUAACAAAAAGUUUCCUUCCGUUGAGUUUUGCUCGGCCUUCCUUUCUGAGAACAGCUACACAUCAGUCGUCCUUCUUUGUGUCUGUAAACAGGUUUUACCUUCUCACUGUGGGAUAGAUUAGUCAGUAUGGUUAAGAGCGCCUGGUCACUGCUAGUAACUAGCUGCUAGGAGACAAAUUUAUCUCUACUUGACUGAAUGAUGUGUUAUGGUCUGGCUCUGAAACCAUAACAAAUUAAAGGGAAGCAACACAUGGGUAAACUUAAAAUUAAAUUUAUUUAACAAAACAUAACUGGCUGGAGAGGAAAGGGAGAAAGGGGAGAAGGUGGCCAAGAGACGGAGAGAAUGAAGGGUAGGUAGGAGAGGAGAGGGUGGGGCUUGUCGGAAAGGAUGGUGCCUCUUAAGCUGGAGACACUGGCCAGCUGCCUCUCAUCCCAAUCAGCACCAAUUGUCAGGAUGUUAAAGACCCAGAGGAAGGGCCUUGGGCCGUAACACCCCCCCUCUUCAAAACAGGGUCCGCACUGGAACCCUGGACAACCUGUACGUGAACAUCAGAAAAGAAAAUUACAUGCACUCACAAUAUCUCAGGCCAGCUGAGACCCAGCAAAACUUAGAUCCCUUCCGGUCCCAUCCAUAAGUCACAACUGGUACCUUGAAGUGACUCUUAGACAGGUAGGAAAGAGAAAUAAAGUUACUGACUUUAUGCUCUUGACAAAGCAUCGGCCAUAACAUUAUUCUUACCCUUGAUAUGCUGAAUAUCUAAGGAAAAAGACUGCAGAAACAGUGACCAUCUAACAAGUCUCUGAUUUGGACAGCGAAAAGAGUUCAAGAAGGUCAAAGGAUUAUGAUCUGUGAAAACAGCCAAAGGUCCUGAACCUACAUAAACUUCAAAAUGUCGUAAAGACCAAAUGAGAGCAAGGGUCUCCUUUUCGAUGACUGAAUAAUUCAGCUGAUGCCUAUUAAAUUUCUUAGAAAAAAAACUCACAGGCCUUUCAACUGAAAAGUUAUCCAUUUGCAAAAGGACUCCCCCUGCACCAACAUGACUGGCAUCAACCUGAAGCUUAAAAGGUUUAUUCAUAUCAGGAGCCAAUAAGACAGGAGAAUUGCACAGCAUCUUCUUCACAUCUUCAAAAGCCUGCUGACAAACAGAGGACCAAAUGUAUUUCACAUUCUUUUUCAAAAGAUCCGUUAGAGGUGCAACCACCGUUGAAAAAUUUCUGCAGAAAGCCCUAUAGUACCCAACUAAACCCAAGAAUCUCAUGAGUUCCUUUUUAGUUGUUGGUGGUGGAUACUUUUCAAUUGCUUCUACCUUUGCACUUACUGGACAUACGCGACCUUGACCCACUUGAUGGCCAAGAUAAGUGACCGUUGCUCGAGCAAAUUCACAUUUGGCUAGAUUCACUGUGAGACGAGCGUCUAACAAACGGUCAAACAAAGUUGUGAGUUGUUUUAUGUGAGAAGGCCAACUAUGAGAAUAAACGACAACGUCAUCCAAAUACACAGAGCAACCUUCUAAACACCCAACAACUUUAUUCAUCAAGCGCUGAAAAGUUGCCGGCGCAUUCCUCAAACCAAAAGGCAUAACCUUAUAUGAAUAUAAACCACUAGGUGUAAUGAAGGCAGAUAUUUCUUGGGCCCUUUUUGUUAAAGGGACCUGCCAAUAACCUUUUAGUAGGUCUAUCUUAGUAAUGAAUUUAGCAUUACCAAUCUGAUCAAUGCAAUCAUCCAUACGAGGUAGAGGAUAUGAAUCAGGUUUAGUUACGUUAUUAACCUUUCUGAAAUCGGAACAAAACCGAUAGGUUUUGUCUGAUUUUAGAACUAACAAGCAAGGCGAAGACCAGCUUGAACAUGAUGCUUGAGCAAUGCCAUUUCUUAACAUGUAGUCAACCUCAGCAUCCAGAUGUUUCCGUUUUUCUGGGUUAACCCUAUAAAACUGCUGUUUUAUAGGUCGUGCAUCACCCACCUCAAUAUCAUGUUCGAUCAGGUGUGUGCAGGAUGGAACAUCUGCAAAUAAAUCAGAAUGAGAUUUUAUCAACUGAAUCAACUCAAAACAUUGAGCCUCUGGCAAAUAGCUCAACACAGUGUCCAAGUUUUCCAGUACUUCAGAGUUCUUAAGACGACCAGUUAGCAUGGCUGAAUCUGGAACAGGCAACCCAUCGCCAUUCCAUUCACUUCCAACAGAUGUCGCCGUUUCACAAAUACACACAGGGUGACUUUCAUCCACCAAUACAGACUCAGUACGAGCAUGGUAAGGUUUUAAAAGGUUGACAUGAACCGUUUGCUGUUUCUUCCGCCUGUUUGGCGUCGCAAUGCGAUAGUUUUGGUCAGACAGCUGUUCCAAAACUGUGUGCGGGCCAGAAAACUUGGCCUGAAAUGGCGAAGUCACAACUGGAAGUAAAGCCAAUACUUGGUCACCUGGAAGAAAAACACGAUGUUCAGCUUUCUUAUCAUAUAAACGCUUCAUUUUAUCCUGUGUAGAUGAUAACUUCUCUUUCGCUAACCGUGUAGCAGUAAAGAGUCUCUGCUUAAACCCAUUAACAUAAUGCAACAGGUCUUGUGGUUGUUCAGCAUCCUUAAGCUCAUCUCGCAAAACUGUUAAUGGACCACGCACAGUAUGGCCAAACACUAAGUCAUUAGGGCUAAAGCCCGUACUCUCUUGUAUUACUUCUCUGGCUGCAAGUAAUAACCAAGGCAAACCAUCCUCCCAAUCAGCAUUCAUCUGAACACAAUAAGCACGAAGUAAAGAUUUUAAAGUUUGAUGAAAUCGCUCCAGUGCUCCUUGGCUUUGUGCAUGGUAUGCUGUAGAUUGAUUAUGCUUAACGUUUAGCUGCUUCAAAACCUGUGCAAACAAACGAGAGGAGAAAUUAGAUCCUUGGUCACUCUGAAUGACUUUAGGUAUUCCAAAAAUACCAAUAAAUUGCAUGAGAGCUCGGAUCACAGACUUUGCAGUAAGUGUGUGCAGUGGAUAUGCUGCUGGAUAUCUGGUACUUUGGCACAUAACAGUCAAAAGAUACUUUGUGCCUGAACGUGAAGGGGGAAGAGGACCAACACAAUCAAUUAUUAAGUGCUCAAAUGGUUUACCAAUAGUUGGAAUAGGAUACAGUGGUGCCCGAUUUAUAAUUUGAUUGGGUUUACCAGUCAGCUGACAGGUGUGGCAGGUUUUAAUAUAAGAAGAAACAUCUUUUUUCAGCCGUGGCCAAAAAAAAUUUCUCAAAAUGCGGUCAUAGGUCUUCCUAACACCCAUGUGUCCAGACUCAUCAUGGGAGACCUGCAAAACCAAAUCACGCCAUUUCAAAGGCACCACAACCUGAUAAACUGGCUCCCCAACAGCAUUAUCACCACAUGGCAUCCACUUCCUUAACAGUACCUUGUUUUCAACAAAGUAUCCAUGCGCAUGGCUCUGCAUCUCCUUAGCAGGUAAUGCAGACUGAAACAAAUGUUGAAUUGUGUGGUCAGAUCUUUGCUCCUGCUCCAAAUCACUCUGUGAAAUAGACAAAGGUACAUCAGACAAACAAAAAGAGGACAUCUGUUUAUCUUUUUCAAAGUCUUCAUCCUGAUGUGCAUCACUGGAUGCUUUCAUUGCGCGUGUUAUAGCACAUGCUUGAAAAACUUCAGGGUGUGAUUUUUCAUUCUCGUCAGGACCACUGCUGAUCAGAGGUACUGAAACAACAACUGGAGACUCUGGUUGAUCAGGCCAGACUUUACCUCCAGCUAUAUUGUUCCCCAGUAUAACUGUAACACCAACCACAGGCAGUGCAGGUCGAACACCCAUCAUUACUUCACCGUCAAACAACUCUGAAUGGAGCAUGAGCUUAUGUACUGGAACACAAAACACAGACAUACCCAACACAGGUAUAGACAAUCCAGUGUCAGACUCAUCUGAAAAAGGCAAAACUGAUGCCAGAAUGAAUGAAUCAUAUGCACCAGUAUCUCUUAAAAUGGUAACUGGCACUCUGAUAUCGCUGCCAACUAAAGAAACUUGUCCUUCCAUAAGAAAUGGUUUGUAAGAACUCAAGUCAGAUUUUUCAGCAAAUGGCACCUCAACCAUUUUGUUAGAAGCAGUUAAAGAAACUGAUGCAGCAAGUGCUGCUGGUUUAACCUGAGUUCCAUUUUUAUUUCUGGCUUUCAGCAAACCACAGUCUUUCUUCCAAUGACCUUUUUUGUGACAAUAAUUACAAAUUUUGUCCAGAUCACGGUUACUGCGGUCUGAAAAAGAAUGUGUUGAACGCCAAUUUGGAGUGCUCAUCCAAUCUGAGUGUUCUCCACCAGUAUCUUUAUGUGUUAAAACAAAAUCAUCAGCUAACACUGCAGCUUCUGACACAGUUUUCACUUUCUGUUCAUUAAUGUACACUGCAAUGCACGGAGAAAUAGAGUUCUUAAAUUGUUCAAGAACCAUCAAAUUACAGAGGUCACCAAGCGUUUUGACAUCAGAAGAAGUGCACCAUCGAUUAAACUGAAUCUCCAAAUCCCUUGCGAACUCUACAUAAGUUUUAACACCUUUUUUCCAGUUUCUAAACUUCUGUCUGUAUGCUUCAGGGACUAAUUCAUAUGCUUUCAGUAUUGCAGCUUUAACCUUAGCAUAAUCCUGGCUAUCAAUUAAGCUUAACAUUGAGAAAGCUUCUUGAGCACGACCAACCAAAACACACUGAAGCAAAACGAUGCGGUCUGAAUCAGACCAACCUCUUGUUUCUGCAACCCUUUCAAACAAACUGAAAAAAAUUUCAACAUCCUUGUCACUAAACUUGGGCACCAAACGCAAGUCACUCAAAAUAUCAAAAGUUUUACCUUUUGAGUCCACAACACAAGAGUCCACAGACAACUUGCCUUCUUUCAUCAAAUUUAAUUUCUCACUUUCCAAUCUUAUUUUUGCCAAUUCAGUUUCCUGUCUUAAUUUUUCCAAAGCAAGAGCCUUAUCCAAAUCUGCUUGCUGCUGUAAAUUCACCAAAGCCAACUCUUUUUCUUUCUCCAGUUGUAUUCUUAAUCUUAACAUCUCUUUUUGCUGUUCAAAGUCUAAAAAUUUAGGCUUUACAACCUGAGAACCCAAAUCUUCAGGUCCUGAAGGCAAAGAAAAAAUCCCCAUUUCAAUUAAGUUCUCCCUUAAAAUUGCUUUAACAUUUUCUUUCAAUCGUUUGUCACCAACACAUACAUUAUAGUGCUCAGCAAUUUUUACUAAUUGUUCUCUAGAACAUUGCUCCAGAAAUUCCACUGAUGGAGAUUUAAUAAAAUCUUCAACAGACAUGACCAAAUUCUUACAAGACAGUGUUUCAAGAUGUGAAAUAAAUUGCUGACAAUCCGUGCAAUACAAAAACCAAUCUGAACCCCCCUCUAACUGCCUAUCAGAAACUAACUAGCUCAACCCUAGUCUUCAGAGAUCAGGGACGGUGGGUACUUAUGCACUAAAUACCAAUAGAGUGGAAAAGGCGACCAGAAAACUGGCAACCCCCCCAGCACUAUGGCUGUGCCCCCGAGACAAAUGCUCCAACCAUAUGACCUCACACUACUGCUUUUGAGCACAUGAAUCCCAAAGGGGAGACACGCUAAGUCCUAAAGGGGAAUCAGAUCAGCCAGACCUAAUUGCACAAACCAGUCAACAAUUAAACACUUACCACUGGAGUCAUCCGAUGAAAUGAAAGCAAACAACUUACCCCAAGCCAGAGAAAAAGGAGGAAAAAUGAAAACCAUUUAUCCAAAACUAACUCAAAAUUCCCACACUAGCUUCCCAACUAAACUAACAAACAAUGCUUACUAUUUAACAAAGAAAGACUGUCACUCAAACUAUAACCUAAACUUUGAACGAGCCCCCAAUUUGUUAUGGUCUGGCUCUGAAACCAUAACAAUUUAAAGGGAAGCAACAUAUGGGUAAACUUAAAAUUAAAUUUAUUUAACAAAACAUAACUGGCUGGAGAGGAAAGGGAGAAAGGGAGAAAGGGGAGAAGGUGGCCAAGAGACGGAGAGAAUGAAGGGUAGGUAGGAGAGGAGAGGGUGGGGCUUGUCUUCUUCUUCUUCUCUUCUUCUUCUUCUUCUUUUUUAUGGCGGUUGGCAAGCAACUUUUAGAUGUGCAUUACCGCCAUCUACUGGAAUGGAGUGUGGAUCGGGACGCUAACUUUAAACACCCCCCUCAAACAAA